UCCAUUUUUAAUAUAUAUUCAAACAGGAUUUUGAUACCUAACAUACAUUUCAUUUUCCUAUUUAACUAUUUUUUUAUCACAUUAUAUAUAAUAUAUAUAAAUGUAUAAUUUCCCCCUUUUCUUAACAUUCUCCCUACACUAAAAAAGGCAUUUGCCUAAAACUAGAAUGGAGUUUAGGAACCACACAUGAAACUGUCACUGUUCAGUCACUAUCCGGAAGCACUAGAACACCCACGUGAUAAAUCAUACAAAAUGAGCAACAACCACGUUUCAAUUUCCAGCCCACAAACUGCAAAAAGCACUACGCACUCUUCCAACUUGCUCAAUGCGCUUCACCCAAACAAUGCACAACAAUACAAGAUCACAAGCAUUUAACACCAGAACACAAGACUUCCAACAUUUUGAAAUCUUUAUCAUAUUUAGUACUACUUCACUUAGCCUAUCCACUCAGUUCAACACUCAUUACAAAAACACUCAUGCUUCUUCUCUGGAUCCUGAUCCUUCUAGCCUCCAACUCUGUAAAAUCUCAUCAAGAUGAGCUCUUCUUUGAUGGAUUCCAUGGUGCUGCUGCUGCCACCAACAUAAGCUUAAACGGCGUUGCAGCGAUCGUGCAAAGAGGCUUACUUCGCCUGACAAACGACACUCAAAGAGUAGUCGGUCAUGCCUUUUACUCAAACCCAAUCAAGUUCAAGAACUCAUCCUCCACCACCAACUCCAAAGUGUUAUCCUUUUCCACUGCUUUUGCUUUUGCAAUUAUCCCCCAGUACCCAAAACUCGGUGGCCAUGGCUUCGCCUUCACCAUUUCUCCCUCCAAGGAGCUUCCAGGCGCGUAUCCCAGCCAGUACUUAGGCCUCCUCAACCCGAACGACGUUGGGAACUUGUCGAACCACCUGUUCGCAGUGGAAUUCGACACGGUCCAGGACUUUGAAUUCGGCGACAUCAACGACAACCACAUUGGCAUCAACCUUAACAGCAUGACAUCCAACAAAUCAGUUAAAGCUGCGUUUUUCGCAGACGGAUCAGCAAACAAACAAGACCUCUAUUUGAAGAGUGGCAAGGUGAUUCAAGCAUGGAUUGACUAUGAUUCCUCUAACAAUCAAUUAGAAGUUAGACUCUCCUCAUCCUCUACAAAACCCAGAUCCCCAAUCUUAUCCUACAAUGUCAAUCUCUCACCAAUUCUCCAAGAAACCAUGUACAUAGGAUUUUCUUCCUCAACAGGAUUGCUAGCUAGCUCCCACUACAUCUUGGGUUGGAGCUUCAAGAUGAAUGGAGAGGCCAAAACCCUCUCUUUACAAAACCUUCCCUCACUCUCUUCACCUAACAAAACUCAAAAAACCUUAACCUUAGGACUAUGUUUCUCUGCUCUCAUUCUAGUACUCGCCGCAAUCAGUUUAGCAUCAUUCUACCUAAUCAAAAAGUCGAAAAACACUGAUGUGAUCGAACCUUGGGAGCACAAUGUUGGUCCACACAGAUUCCCCUACAAAGAGCUAAAGAAAGCCACAAAAGGGUUCAAGGAGAAAAACCUCAUCGGCUUCGGCGGAUUCGGCAGGGUCUACAAAGGGUUGCUCCCAAAAACCACCACCGAAAUCGCCGUGAAGCGAAUCUCCCAUGAAUCAAAACAAGGGUGGCAAGAAUUCGUAUCAGAAAUCACCACCAUCGGAAAGCUUCGCCAUAGAAACCUCGUUCAGCUACUGGGAUGGUGCCGGAAGCAAAACGAUCUCCUCCUAGUCUACGAUUUCAUGCCGAAUGGGAGCUUGGACAAAUACAUAUUCGAUCAACCGAGAGUGAUUCUGAGCUGGGAACAGAGAUUCAGGAUCAUCAAAGGGGUGGCUUCGGGUCUCGUUUAUCUGCAUGAAGAGUGGGAGCAAACGGUGAUUCACAGAGAUAUCAAAGCAGGGAACGUUCUGUUAGACGGUGAGAUGAAUGGGAAGCUCGGGGAUUUUGGAUUGGCGAAGCUAUACGAUCAUGGCGCGAAUCCUAGCACGACGAGGGUGGUGGGGACGUUGGGGUACCUGGCGCCGGAGCUCACGCGGACGGGGAAGCCGACGACGAGCUCCGACGUGUUUGCGUUUGGGGCGCUGCUGUUGGAGGUGGUGUGCGGGAGGAGGCCGAUUGAUCCGAAGGCGAUGCCGGAGGAGCUUGUGCUGGUGGAGUGGGUUUGGGAUCGGCGGCGCGUGGGGGCGGCGUUGGAGGUGGUGGAUUCGAGGCUGGGUGGGGUUUUUGAUGAGGCGGAGGCGGUGCUUGUGCUGAAGGUGGGGUUGAUGUGCUCCGAUGAGUCGCCGGAGGGGAGGCCUGCUAUGAGGCAGGUGGUGAGGUACUUGGAGGGGGAGGUGCCGGUGCCGGAGAUUGGUGAGUUCGAUGGGAAGAAAGGGGGUGGCGCCGCCGCGGUUGGCGGUGGUGGGAUUGGUGAUUUUGUGCAUUCGUAUACGGCGUCGUCGUUUUUUGAUAGGGAGAAUACGUGGUCGUCGUCGGUCGGUGAUGACGUGGAGGUUGGUUCUGCAUCGCCGCUUUCAAUUUCCGGUGGCCGGGAGGAGGGUAGGUAGUUGGCCGGAGCGAUCUUUCCCACCCUUUUUUUCUUUUUUUCUUUUCUUUUUGUAUUUUUGUUUUGUUUUUGUACAUAACUACAUAUGAGCUAUGGGCUUUGUUGAAAUUUAAGAGUGAAUAAUUAAAUUAGUUGGGAUAAUUUUGGGCCUUAAA